UCUAUGUUUACUGGUUGUCAGCGUUGAUAGGUUGUCAGUUAAUUGUCAAUUGCAUUGUAUUAAUUGAUUAAUAUUUAUAAUAUUUGUUGUAACACAUUCCUUUGAAAGACUUUCCUCGGUUUGAAGUUUAUGGCUUUUUAACUGUAACGUAUCAAAUUAUUGUGAGUACAGUUCCAGAAGAUAUUGACGUACAUCAAAAACGUAAAAGAAGUAAUUUAGAAAAAGUGUUGUCUUGACAAUGGAUAAGAUUGGUGAGCCAGAAUUUCAAGAAGAGGGACAAUUCGUGGUUGACGAUGUUAGUAAAAUAAUUAAAGAUGCAAUUGAAACUGUGAUAGGAGGAAAUGCUUACAAUCAAACCAAAGUAAACAACUGGACAACCUCAGUUGUUGAGUCAUGCACCUCUGAACUAACUAAAUUAUUAAAACCAUAUAAAUACAUUGUUACUUGCACGAUAAUGCAGAAAAAUGGAGCUGGACUUCAUACUGCCAGUUCUUGCUAUUGGGAUAACAAUACAGAUGGUAGCUGUACAGUUCGCUGGGAAAAUAAAACCAUGUUCUGCAUUGUAUCUGUUUAUGGUCUAGCUAUUUAAUUUUUUAGUAAUUAGAAUUUAAGUUACACACUUUUAUGAUUUUAUAUUUUAUUUGCCGUUGUCUCUUUAAAUUACGUGUAUUUAAAAUUUACUGUAGCUUGUCUUAGUGUCAGAUAUGAUGUUUAUGCUUGUAAAAUAUAACAAUGAAAUGAG